UUGUUAUCAAAACUGGAAAUCCGGAACACUACUUGGUGUAAACGGACGUCUCUUUCUCCGACUCCGUAAUUCCGUCCGGGAAACUUCGAAACAGGAUUUUGACAUUUUGUUGAGAUCUUAAUGUUGUGAAAGAUUUUGACCAUAAACUCUUCUGAGUUUUUUAGGACUGUUAGUGAGCCUAAGCAAGUCGAAUUGAGGAUAGCCUUUUCCGCUUUUAUCCUCAAACUUUACGAAUUUCAAGUGAGAUGUCCACUUGGCUGCGGAAGCUCCAGGACAAACGAAAGCGAAGAAGUUGGUCUCUGGAUAAAACUAAUGCAAAAAUCCGCCGGACAUUGAGUGACCCUUUAAAAAGUGCCCGUGAUGCUUUUGACUUCGUUGUACAAGAAGAAAGUGACGUGAUUGCUGAGAUAGAACGGACUAAUGAGGUAAUAACUGCCGAGAAACAACGGACCGACGAUGGUACUUCACGUUUUCUCUUUGGUGGCAGGAAUGACUCAUGCAAAGGCGAAUCCGAAGUCGUCAGCGCAUCAUGUCGCGGAGCACGUCAGGCAGACGACACUAGCCAGGAAACUGAUUAUUUCACGGACUUUUUCAAAGUUCCCAUCGCAGUGGCCGGCUGGUUCAUUUUGGGUAUUUCAAUAUCGAACCUCAACAAAUUCAUCCUGACGUCGUUCGAGUUCAACUUCCCAAUCGCCUUGACAGCAAUACAAAUGUUGACAUCUUUUUGCAUCAACCACUUUCUACUGACUAUGACCCCUUUGCGCAUUUACAACACACCACUGCCCGGGAAAGUGAUGGGGCAAAUUUACAUCCUCAGUGCCCUGUUCUCUGGAAGCAUUGCCCUCGGUAACGUUGGCCUCAAGUACCUCUACGUCUCCUUCGCCAAAAUGAUCAUGGCAACCAGCCCUGCUGUGACAGUGGUCCUCGCGAAGUGCAUGACAGGGAUCCAGCUGACCCAGAGUACCUACACCUCACUGAUACCCCUGUGUGGCGGGACGAUUCUGUGCGCCGUUGGUGAAGUCAACUUCCAUUGGGCGGGGUUUGCUGCCAUGAUUGGGUCGACGGUACUCCGGGCGUUCCGGUCUUUAUUCGAAGGGCGCCUCCUCAAAGAAGAGAAGGUGAACUCCCUGGCGUUGCUCUACCACAUCUCGUUGCCAAGCAGCUGCAUCCUGGGUCUGGCAACCAUCAUUUGGGAGGGCGAUGCCCUGAUGAAGGAACACAACAACUUCACAGACGUCAAUUUCCUGCUCAGCAUCAUGGCGAGCUGCCUAAACGGGAUCGUCUACAACAUCCUGACCUUCGUCGUGACCUUCUACACUUCGCCCUUGACCUUGAAAGUCCUUGGCAAUGGCGGUAUCCUUCUGAAUAUUGCUGUUUCCGUUAUCCUGUUUAAUCACAGCAUGUCCAUGACCAGUAUAUUAGGUGUCACGAUAACUUUAGUCGGUAUUUUGCUCUAUCAGAAAAGUUCAAUGAGCAGCUAGAAGAGAGGUUGAGAUUGCGCAACUCGUACCCCUGUUCUUUAUCCAAAUGUGCAGAAAUUAUGACUUCGUAUAUCUUAACGUAUACGUUUUAACCUGACUAUAUAGUGAGAAAAUGUUUACUGGGAAAUGGCAAGACUAAUACGAAAACAGCUGCACCAGCAAUGGCCAGUAUCCUUCAGCAAUGCUCCACAGAGUUCAUUUUUCAGCUUUUACUGAUGUAAAGUGAUUUGU